UGGAGCACCAACCUUGCUGAGUUUAGUUUGUUCUCCUCAAAACCCUCUGAAAAACCAUGAAGAGAGCCGACGUCUUUAUUCUGCUUCUUGCUGGUGUGUUGGUCAACGGAAAAGACCUCCGCUGGCAGAACAACUAUGACGAGCCGUUAUUCUUUAAUUGCCAAUCAGGACAAUCUAUCUCUUACAUAGCUAGUGAGCAUCACAACAAACAUGAAGACCGUGUGUGGGACUUUAGGUGCAAAGCCACGUUUGACUCAGCAACCACCUGCUUUACAUCUUCCUACGUAAAUGGCUUCGACAAACCUUUGAGCUACCAAUGUCCAACCUCUCAGGUCAUUACAGGGAUGCACAGCUAUCAUGAGAACAAGCAUGAGGACAGAAGAUGGAAGUUCACCUGCUGUGGAGCCAGCAACUUCUGUACUGAUACCUGCCAGUGGACAAACUACGUAAACUCGUUUGAUGAGGCCUUCGCUUUUGAUGUCCCACUAAAUACCUACCUGAUUGGAGCUGAAAGCUACCAUGAAAACAAGCAUGAAGAUCGUCGCUGGAAAUAUCAAUAUUGUACCAGAAAGUCAUGCUGAAUCUAUAACUGAUUCUUCGAACAAUCAGAUUAUUUUAUCCAUUGUUGUCUCUUGAUAAUCUUGAAAGAAAUUCAUGAUUAAAGAUUCUUGCAUUAAAUUAUUGUGUUUUA